AUGCUAAAAAUAGGAAAUGGGGAAUGUAAUGAGUGUGACGGUAAAGUGACUAUAAAAGACGACUCAGCAGUGGUGGGUGGUGAACAGGAAUUAAUGAAUGCAAUACACACCAUAAUGAACAUACAACAAAUAAAUCUGGAAUGGUUUGUUCACGAGCGAUUUAGACUUCUAAGAAAGACCAAGCUGAGGAAAUUAAUGUUGAAAUCUAUGAUAGGAGCGAAAAAUAUUCGUCCAACAUUCCUGAUAGGGAUUCCAUUCCCAUUAGAAGACGCUCUUUCUGGGACCCUGUCUCCGGAGAGCAAAUCCUUACUACAGGAGAAGUUAAAAGACUCGGAUUUGGCAGAAGAGGAACCGUUUGGUAAAGCACAGAAUUCGAUGCAGAGAUACAUCGGCGCUCAAGCGGUUUCUGAUAAGUCAGUAGCGGACUGCGUGGAGGCUCUUAUCGGUACCUAUCUGCUCAGCGGAGGGAUUACAGACGCAGUGAGCAUUCUGGAGUGGUUCAAAAUAAUUCCACCCGAGGAUAACUUCUCGAGUUUCUUGACGAAAAAAGUGAAUACUGUUAUAAGUCAGAAGAAAGCUACUGUUCACGAAAUAGAGUGGUUGUUGAACAGUUGUAGGGGCGACAUUGAAAAAAUCAUUGGAUACAAGUUUAAAGAUCCCGCACUAUUAUUGGAGGCCCUAUCACACGCUUCCUACAUCCGUAAUCGUCACACACGUUCAUACGAGCGUCUUGAGUUUUUGGGAGAUGCUAUUUUGGAUUUCCUGAUAACGGCCUACAUCUAUGAGAACUGUGGAGACCUUUCGCCCGGGGACCUCACGGACCUUAGGUCCGCGCUAGUCAACAACGUGACCUUCGCAUCAUACGUUGUUAGACUUGGACUACACAAAUACUUCUGUUCUCAAUUCAACGGCGUCUUAGAGAACGCCAUCAAGACGUUCGUUGAACAUCAAGAACAACUGGACCACGUGCUUCUAGAAGACGUUCUCUACUUAAUAGAGGAAGAAGAUUGUAAUAUAGCGCAGUACAUUGACGUGCCCAAGGCUCUCAGCGACAUCUUUGAGUCUCUAACUGGGGCGAUGUUUUUGGACAGCGGCGGGGACUUAGCUCUCGUGUGGAAGGUCAUUUACAAGAUCAUGCACAAAGAAAUACACGAGUUCAGUAUGAAGGUACCCAAACAACCAGUACGAGUGCUCAUGGAAAUGAUACACGCCUGUCCAAGUUUUGGUAAAUCCCGCGCCACCGAGACAACGGUUCCCAAGAUACUGGUUCCCGUAACAUUCACACACGCCGGCCAGCGACAGACGGUCUAUGGGGCCGGCAGUAACAAGGCACAGGCCAAACGAGCGGCCGCCAAGCUCGCUCUCAAGAUACUCUCUACAUAG